GCCCCAGCAACUGAAACCACCGGAGGAGGAAGCAGCAAAGCAGGAACAGGCUGAGGGUUGAUGCCAUGGGCUUCUCCUCGGAGCUGUGCAGCACCCAGGGCCACGGGGCCCUGCAGCAGAUGCAGGAGGCAGAGCUGCGGCUGCUGGAAGGCAUGCGCAAGUGGAUGGCCCAGCGGGUCAAGAGUGACCGCGAGUAUGCUGGGCUCUUGCACCACAUGUCGCAGCUGGACAGCGGGGGCCAGAGCCGCGGCCUCGGCCUCGAGAGUUCCAUCAGCCAAUCCUGGGCCGAGAUCACCCGCCAGACGGAAGGCCUGAGCCGGCUCCUGAGGCAGCACGCAGAGGACCUGAACUCGGGGCCCCUGAGCAAGCUGAGCCUCCUAAUUCACGAACGCCAGCAGCUGCGCAAGAGCUACAGCGAGCAGUGGCAGCAGCUACAGCAGGACCUCACCAAGACCCACAGUCAGGACAUUGAGAAACUCAAGAGCCAGUACCGGGCUCUGGCACGGGACAGUGCUCAGGCUCGGCGCAAAUACCAGGAGGCCAGCAAAGACAAGGACCGCGACAAGGCUAAGGACAAGUAUGUGCGCAGCCUCUGGAAGCUUCUGGCUCACCACAACCGCUACGUGCUUAGUGUUCGCGCCGCACAGUUGCACCACCAGCACCACCACCAGCUCCUCCUGCCAGGGCUGCUCCAGUCCAUGCAGGACCUGCACCAGGAGAUGGCCCGAAUCCUGAAGGAGAUCCUGCAGGAAUACCUGGAGAUCAGCAGCCUGGUGCAGGACGAGAUGGUGGCAGUGCAUCAGGAGAUGGCGGCCGCUGCCACCCGCAUCCAGCCCGAGGCCGAGUACCAGGGCUUCCUGCGCCAGCAUGGGACCGCCCCGGAUGUGCCGCCCUGUGUCACCUUCGAUGAGUCGCUCCUGGAUGAGGGGGAACCCCUGGAGCCAGGGGAGUUGCAGCUCAACGAGCUGACCGUGGAGAGUGUCCAGCACAUGCUGACUUCCGUGACCGAGGAGCUGGCCACGGCCGCCGAGACGGUCUCCACCCGGCAGGCCGCUGUGAUGCAGCUGCAGCAGGAGCUCCAGGUAGAGGAGCAGAGCACGCACCCCCGCCAACGAGUGCAGCUGCUGGGCAAGAAGCAGAUGCUGCAGGAGGCACUGCAAGUGCUGCAAGUGGCACUCUGCAGCCAGGCCAAGCUGCAGGCGCAACAGGAGCUGCUGCAGGCCAAGGUGGAACAACUGGGCUCGGGGGAGCCGCCACCUGUGCCACUGUUGCAGGAAGAUCGUCAUUCCACCUCAUCCUCGGAGCCUGAGCGGGACGGGAGCAGGACGCCCACCCUGGAGCUCCUGAAGAGCCAUAUCUCUGGAAUCUUCCGCCCCAAGUUCUCGCUCCCCCCACCUCUGCAGCUGGUCCCUGAAGUGCAGAAGCCCCUGUCGGAGCAGCUGUGGUACCAUGGCGCCAUCCCUCGGGCCGAGGUGGCCGAACUGCUGACGCACUCGGGGGACUUCCUGGUGCGAGAGAGCCAGGGCAAGCAGGAGGCCGUCCUGUCGGUGCUGUGGGAUGGGCAGCUGCGACACUUCAUCAUCCAGUCAGCCGACAAUCUGUACCGGCUAGAGGGAGACGGAUUUCCCAGUAUCCCACUGCUGGUCGACCAUCUGCUGCGCUCCCAGCAACCCCUCACCAAGAAGAGUGGGGUAAUCCUGUGCAGGGCUGUACCCAAGGACAAGUGGGUGCUAAACCACGAGGACCUGGUGCUGGGGGAGCAGAUUGGGCGGGGGAACUUCGGGGAGGUAUUCAGCGGGCGCCUGCGAGAUGACAACAUGCCCGUGGCCGUCAAGUCCUGCCGGGAGACCCUCCCUGCCGAGCUCAAGGCCAAGUUCCUGCAGGAAGCCAGGAUCCUGAAGCAGUACAACCACCCCAACAUCGUGCGUCUCAUUGGCGUCUGCACUCAGAAACAGCCCAUUUACAUCGUCAUGGAGCUGGUGCAAGGGGGUGACUUCCUGACCUUCCUCCGCACGGAGGGGGCGCGCCUGCGCAUGAAGACGCUGCUGCAGCUGGUGGGGGAUGCAGCAGCGGGCAUGGAAUACCUGGAGAGCAAGUGCUGCAUCCACAGGGACCUGGCGGCCCGCAACUGCCUGGUGACCGAGAAGAACGUGCUGAAGAUCAGUGACUUCGGGAUGUCCCGGGAAGAAGCUGAUGGUGUCUACGCAGCUUCUGGGGGGCUCCGGCAAGUCCCAGUGAAGUGGACGGCGCCCGAGGCCCUCAACUAUGGCCGCUACUCCUCAGAGAGUGAUGUGUGGAGCUUUGGAAUCCUGCUCUGGGAGGCCUUCAGCCUGGGCGCCUCGCCAUACCCCAACCUCAGCAACCAGCAGACUCGGGAGUUCGUGGAAAAGGGGGGCCGCCUGCCCUGCCCCGAGUUGUGCCCAGAUGCCGUGUUCCGGCUCAUGGAGCAGUGCUGGGCCCACGAGCCCUGGCAGCGGCCAAGCUUCAGCGCCAUCUACCAGGAAUUGCAGAGUAUCCGGAAGCGGCACCGGUGAGCGCAAUGGUCAGCCCGGACUCCAGAUGCAGCUCCUGCU